GUAUAAGCCUGAGUCAGAUCAGAUGUAUCCAGCUCCACAUAAGUCUUCACCCUUGGACCUUAUUGACACGAGCAAAGGCUUGAAGGUCCAGACAGCUGCCCCUCAUCUAGUCAGCCUGGGCAGUGGGAGGCUGAGUGUGGCAAUUACUGUGCUCCCACUCAAAGAAGGGGUGACUCGAAUAGGCAGAGAAGAUGCUCCGAUUCUCCAGGAUAUCACGAUCCAGGGGCCUGGCAUCGAGGCUGAGCACUGUCUCAUCAUCAAUCAAGGAGGGGUUGUGACCCUUGACCCCUGUGGUCACCUCUGCAGUCUGGAUGGAGUCCAGGUCACGGUGCCUACACCACUCACUCAGGGAUAUUCUUUGUGUCUGGGUAAGUCAUAUUACUUCCGGUUCAACCAUCCUGAAGAGGCCAGCAGAAUGAAGAGCAUGCUUCCUCAGAAGAGCCCAGUGUCAGCUUUAGCCUACAAUACAGACUAUUUGAAGUUUAGCAGCGAUUAUAGUCAUGCAGUCGUGGGGGGUACCAGUAGUGCCAGGGGUAUGAGAUCAGCCUCGGAGCUUCGGGAUUUGAUGGACACCCUGCAACGCAAGAAAAUUGCUCUGGAAAACAGCCUGAGGGCUAAUGGGAAUGCUAACCCCUCCUACUUUAGCAUGACACAGUCUCCUCCCACUACACCCGUUUCAACUCCUGCAACAUCUUCAUCAGUCUAUCAGGAACAGGCAAGGCGUUUCUACAGCUCUGAUCGCCCACCUAUGUCUUUGAAAUCUGCUCCCCCUCCUUCCUCUGGACGACGAUCAGACCCUUCUUCUUCUUUGGCCUCGCGCAUCUCAGUCGGCCGCAGUCAGGACAAUGGUGGCGUCGCAGACAGCCGUCGACCGCACAAUCUAGGUUCCUCUCCUAUGCUCUCAACGUGGAAUGGUGGAGGUUCUUCCUCUUCGGUUACUGGUGGCGAUAACUUCCUCCUCUCUGUUACUCCCUCCUCGUCAUCCCGCGCUUCAUCGGCAGGAGGUGCAGUCAGCAUGCCCUCAAGCCCUCGUUUAGGUCGUCGUACCUACGGGAACCAAGAACCAUCACCCAGCAGUCGAACCAGGAAGUACUCAGCAGGGUCACUGAACAGCAUGAUAACAGGGGGGCACAGCCGCUCGCUGCCACGUCUUUGCCCUUCCCCAUCUCCUCGCAGUGACAGCAACGGGACGCUUUCUUUGUCAAUGCUUCCUCCACGGCGGUCUGAUAUUGCAGGGGCUUACAAAUACAGCAAAGACCUUCACAGCAACAGUCCGAAUGUCAGCCUUGAACUCAACAAGUCCAUCCAGCAAGUGUCUAACAGAAAUCAAACCCAGAGCAGCACUCACAGUGAAGGUGUUGUGUCCAUCUCCCUUUCUUCGUCCAAGAGCUCCACCAGUCAUUCCAUCUCUUCUACAACUGCCCCGCCAGAUGUGACAAUCCCAUCCAAAGCAGGAGGCUCCUCUUCCCCUCGUGUUGCCAAAAAACUUAGCCUGGCCUCCACCAGCUCACUGGGCUCUGUGAGCUCCACAAGUUCCAGCCCUCCAGAACAAGAACGUCUUUCCAGCCAAGGGGUCUCUCUGGGACUAGAUGUACAUAUGGGAGAGAGAGAAAGACGAGGACUAGAGUUCACCUGUGGCCCAGGACAUGGAGAGAGGAGGACUUCAUUUGGGAAGGCGGGACUCGAACCUGGGAUUGGUUUGGGGGAGAGGAGACAGUCAUUCAGCAAAGCUGGGAUGACUCCUCCGGGGGGGUUUAGGGAGAGAAGAGGGAGCAUCAGCUCACUGAGUGGAAAGGAAGAAUUAACGGAUUACCACCAUCGACAAAAAGAAGAAAGACUUCGCGAGCAGGAGGUGGAGAGACUGGAAAGGCAGCGGCUUGAAACCAUCUUGUCUCUGUGCUCUGAGCUCGGCCGGACCGAAAGCGAUGGAGGUGGAUCAGCACCGAGGUCAACCUCGGCUGUCGCAAACCUUCAGAAGAUCAACCAGGAGCUGGAGAAGCUCCAGCUGAACGAUGACGACGACGAGGACGAUGAUGCGCCGUCCGUAUUUUCGGACUCUUCGGCUGUUAAUGGGACGUCAGAGAAGGGUCACGUGACCUCCCCUGGAUCUGAGAACGGCUACUAUGAUGACGAUCUGCAGGUACGACGAAGGCGCAGCAGUGGACCCAGAGACUACCGGGCUGAAUCACCUGUCAGCCUGCGAAGCUUUGCUCCCUCACCUGCUCCACGUCUGCACAGAAAGAACGAGGUCGUAGAAGAUGCAGCUGGCCGCUCAAUGCCCUCAGAGGAGGAAGUGAGGCGUGUGGAGGAGGAGAGGAUUCAGGUGCUGAACAACAUUGAGGAGCUGGAGCAAAAAAUCAAAGAGCUGGACAACCAAGUGGAAGAAUCUGCCCGAGAGGUGGAGGUUGAGCGAGCGCUGGUCGAGGCUGAGCAGGAGUCUGAAGUAGCGGCUCUGGAACAGGAAAAAAACGCUUUGGAGGCUCUUCACAACAAAAUAGAGGAACUAGAGACAAAGUCCCAGCAGGAAAAAGAAAAGGCAAGCGAGUUGCUGCAGGCAGAAAGGGGCAGAGUAGAGAGGUUGGCUCAGAUUGUGUGCGAGCAGCGCUCUCAGCUGGACAGCUGCCCUGAAGCCACCAAGGAACCCCUGCAGGAGCAGCUAGCCAGGGACUGUGAGGUGCUCGAGACAGAAACGAAGCGUUUUGAAGACCUGGAGUUCCAGCAGCUGGAAAAGGAGAGCAGACAGGACGAGGAGAAGGAGACGCAUACGCAGCAGCUUCUCCGGGACAUCGCAGACUACCAGCGCAGCACCGUCACUCGCAAGGAGCGAUUGUUGACGCUGAAGAAGCAGGCGGAGCAGAUUACCCAGCAGGCCGAGCGAGAAAAGGAGACCUUCUUGAAGGAGAGGAGCAACCUGGAUUCAAUGCUGCAGAGAGAGAAGGAAAACCUCGCCUCACUGGAAAGAAAAUACACUGACCUCACUGGCGGCCGCAGUUUCACUUUAAGGGAGGGCUAUGUCACAGUCAGUGAGAUCAAUGAGCUUUACUCACAGCUUGGGCAGCACCCUAAACCUGCCCCUGCCCCCUCUCUGGUCAAAGCCUCACCCGAGUCCGAGGUAACACUUUCCCCUGAAGACGACACCCCCAAAUCUGCGGAGGACGAGCAUUUCCGUUUGCUGGAAGAGAGGAAGCGGUUUGAGAAAGACGAUGGGUCACAUGUGAGUGAUACUUUACCCAGAAAGAGAGCCAUUCCCGCCUUAAACACCCAGUUUACAUGCUCGACACUUGGCCGCAACUUUCAAACCAAGACCCAUCAGCCUCUGGUCCAAAGUACAAGUUGUGGCAGCAUUCUUCCAAGAAUACUUUCUUUAUCUAACAAGGACAGUGAACAUCGGCGGCUGCAGAAAGGUCAGUCAGACUCCAGAGCAGCCUCCCAGACAAACGUCUACCUCGAUGCCUUUAGGUACCGUGACAACCAGGCCUUUGACACGAUGAGUGUGGACAGCAGCGACUCCGUUGAAACCAGCAUCUCUGCUUGCUCACCUGACAAUGUCUCCAGUGCCAGUACGUCAAAUAUGGCCCGGCUAGAGGAGAUGGAGCGCCUGCUGAGGGAAGCACAAGUCGAGAAGAACCGCCUCCUGGAACACAAGGAGCGAGAAAUGGAAAUGCGAAAGCAGGCCCUGGAAGAAGAAAGGAGAAGAAGAGAGGAACUGGAGAAGAGGUUACAGGAGGAGACGAGCAGACGUCAAAAACUCAUAGACCGUGAAGUGAAACUGCGAGAAAAGCAAAGGGCACAGUCACGGCCACUGACUCGGUACCUGCCCGUGAGGAAGGACGACUUCGACUUGCGCGCUCACAUUGAGUCAGCGGGCCACAGCACAGACACGUGCUUCCACUUAUCCAUGUCUGAGAAGACCUGCCGAGGCUACCUGGUCAAGAUGGGGGGCAAGAUCAAAACCUGGAAGAAACGCUGGUUUGUCUUUGACCGCAACCGACGCACACUCUCCUACUACUCAGAUAAACAUGAGGCCAAACUAAAAGGAGUGAUUUACUUCCAAGCAAUUGAAGAAGUUUAUUACGAUCAUCUGAAGAGCGCACAUAAGAGUCCAAACCCGUCCUUAACAUUCAGUGUGAAGACUCACGAUCGAGUCUACUACAUGGUCGCUCCCUCUCCUGAGGCCAUGAGGAUCUGGAUGGAUGUGAUCGUCACAGGCGCUGAAGGGUACACCCAGUUCAUGGUGUAGUGACGCAUCAACGGUGACAGUUUCUGCUAAAAUAUGUUGCGCUGUGAGAGAGGAGCUCGCAGAGCCGCGUGGAAUCAUCUGAAAAAACUUUUCCCACUCACACGGAAAGCUAGCAUUCAGUAUUCGUCCGAUUUGUUCUCACAAACGGACCUUUGUGUAGGUGUUGAUCGUAAAUGUAAAUACACUCAGGAUGUACACAACGUGAGCUGAUCUGAAUCUGAACUGAGCAUUCUUGCUGUUGUGGAUGAACGGAAACACAGCAGGGAUAAUACCUCUGCUCGUUUUGUCUUAGUAACCGCAUACCCUAUGCGCUCUCACUAGAAUAGAAUAAACUCCUAAUUUAUUCCUCAGUGAGGAAAUUCCAAUGCAUCAG